AUGGCGGACGAGAUGGAUAUUGAUAUAAUUGAACAGCGUGGUACGAAGCGCCCAGCUGAGGGAGCGGAAGCUCAUGGACCCUCCAAGCCAAAGAGAAUCAAGGCCUUGGAUCCCGAUGUCGUGAACAAGAUUGCAGCAGGCGAGAUUAUCGUCGCCCCGAUGCACGCGUUGAAGGAGCUGAUCGAAAACGCCGUUGAUGCGGGCUCUACCGCAAUAGAGGUUCUUGUCAAGGACGGAGGACUGAAGCUGCUACAAAUCACCGACAACGGCCAUGGAAUUGAUCGAGACGAUCUCCCUAUUCUUUGUGAGAGGUUCACUACUUCCAAGCUCAAAGAGUUCGAGGAUCUUUCGUCCAUCGGCACGUAUGGGUUCCGCGGCGAAGCACUAGCGAGUAUCAGUCAUAUCGCUCACUUGACUGUCACAACUAAGACAGCCGGGUCCAGCUGUGCAUGGCGGGCUCAUUAUGGCGACGGGAGGCUGGUUCCUGCGAAACCGGGGCAAAAUGCCGCGCCCAAGGCCACGGCAGGUCGAGGAGGAACUCAGAUUACUGUCGAGGAUCUCUUCUACAAUGUCCCCACUCGUCGCCGAGCCUUCCGCUCAACGAGUGAAGAAUACGCCAAGAUCCUCGAUGUAGUCGGCCGGUAUGCAGUGCACUGUUCCGGGGUCGCUUUUUCAUGCCGUAAACACGGGGACUCAGGCGUGAGCAUAUCAACCGCGGCCAGUGCCAGUAUAGUUGACCGAAUCCGCCAAAUCCACGGUAGUGCCGUCGCGAAUGAAGUCGUCGAGUUCGAAGCCGCAGACAAGAAGCUUGGGUUUCGGGCCUCGGGCAUGGCGACAAAUGCCAACUACCACGUCAAGAAGACAACAAUAUUGCUCUUCAUCAACCACCGUGCAGUGGAAUCAACUUCAGUCAAGCGCGCAGUGGAGCAGACAUACUCUGCAUUUUUGCCAAAAGGCGGGCAUCCAUUCAUCUAUCUCGAUCUGGCGAUUGAGCCUCACCGCGUCGAUGUCAACGUACAUCCAACGAAACGGGAGGUGAACUUUCUUAAUGAGGACGAGAUCAUCGAACUGGUCUGCAACGAAAUCAGAUCAAAACUCGCACAAGUAGACUCGAGUCGAACAUUCUUGACUCAAAGUCUUCUGCCGGGAGUCCAGACGAUUGAAUCCCUUCAAGACACAUCUCACGAAGGCGCAGCCGAGAGUGCCAAAGGAGGCAUAACGCCCAAAACGCCCGCGACAUCUAAAAGACCCUACGAAAACAAUCUCGUUCGGACAGACUCCAAAGUCCGCAAGAUCACCUCCAUGCUGGCCCCAACUCCAUCCAAAGACCCAUCUCACCCCGAUGACACUGAACCCGGCAAUGCCACUCCUUCGAUUGUAGACGAAGGUCUCCAAUACGAAACCACCGACCGCCAACCGCUCCGCAUCGCUCUGACGUCUGUGAAAAGCCUGCGUGCUUCCGUCCGCGCGACAAUGCACAAUACUCUCACCGAGAUGUUCGCCUCACAUACAUACGUCGGACUAGUCGACGAGCGCCGGCGCCUCGCAGCCAUCCAAUCCGGGGUCAAACUAUACCUCGUCGACUACGGGCUCGCAUGCAACGAGUUCUUCUAUCAAAUCGGACUCACAGAUUUCGGAAACUUCGGCGUCAUCCGACUAGAUCCGGCGCCAAAGCUGGUGGAUAUACUCAGGAUAGCAGCAGAAACAGAACGGCAAGAACACCUAGAUAAAAACCAAGAAAAGCGCCCAAAAAAGCAUCAGCAGAAACAACGACAAGAAGAUGAUGAAAAAGAGGCAGAUACCAUCUUCGCCAACGCACCAGAAAUGGUUUCCCGCACGCUCAUCGAGCGCCGCGAAAUGCUGAACGAGUACUUCUCACUCCAGAUCAGCGCCGAGGGCGAUCUGCUCACGAUCCCGCUUCUGUUAAAAGGUUACGUCCCCUCGCUAGCCAAACUCCCUCGGUUUCUGCUUCGGCUCGGGCCCUAUGUCGACUGGAGCGGCGAAGAGGAAUGUUUCCGCACGUUUCUGCGCGAACUUGCUGCGUUCUAUACCCCGGAGCAACUCCCUGUUUCGUCUUCCAGACAUGCGACUACGAAUUCUGCGUCUGGGGUAGCAAGCACUGAUGCGAUACACUCUGGUGCUCCUCAGACCACGGAAGAGGAUGAAGAGGAUGAUGGUGGUGAGGGUGAUGAAGGUGAAGGUAAUUCCUUCAUCCAGGCUCGUCGGGCACAGAUGGUCCGCAUGCUCGAGUAUGCUAUUUUCCCGGCUCUGCGGGCUCGGCUGGUUGCCACGUCGCGGAUGCUGCGCGGGGUGGUGGAGGUUGCUGAUUUGAAGGGGCUGUAUCGGGUGUUUGAGCGGUGCUGA